AUGGCACUCGAUCUCUGGUCCCACCAGUUCUGCCUCGCCUGUGACAAGCAGGUCGAGAGCGACUCCGCAGCGUACUGCUCCGAAGCAUGCAGGCUCACCGAGCUCGAGAGGACAUCCACCCCGAAUUCGCAGCCCAGCUCGCCUGGUAUGACUCCUCCAUCAUACCCAUGGACUGCUUCCCGCCAGCGACCCAGCUCCGGACUCUUCCUCUCUCCUGCCUACGACUUCGCCAACGCACAGCCUUACGGCACCACACCUCCGCAACAAUCCAUGCUAGGCAGCUACACAAUGGAGUCUCACCACAGCCGAAGCUCAUCAUCCGGACGGGUGUUGACACCAUCGAGUUCCUACACAAGCCUCUGCUCAAUGCACAGCGCCAACUCCGCUACCGAGCCCAGUCAACUUUCAGAUGGUGCCAAGAAGGAGCUGCGAGCAUACGCCGUCUCCUUCGAGCACGUCAGGACGCAACGACGACGCUCGUAUUAA